UCGCCGCUAGUUUGUUUGGGAGUUGGACGAAGUCACCGAGACAGACUUGUCUCGCUGUUAACGCUGUAACGAAGUUAGUUGACACAAACACAAAUUCGACGGAAUUGUAUUUUCUCGUCAAAGUGUUAGCAAUCCACCAUCCUCUAUAUCAUCUAGUUCGGAAUCUGAGUGCCAUUAUGGAGGAUAAAAAAGAAGAAGGGGAAGCGGAGAUUCAGGAACACGGACCCGAACAUUGGUUCUCAAAAUGGGAGCGGCAGUGCUUGGCUGAAGCUGAGCAAGGGGAGCCAAGCGAAGAAGAAGCAGAUCAGAAUCAGGAGAAAUUGUGGCACCUUUUCCAGAAUUCAGCCACAGCAGUUGCUCAACUUUAUAAAGAUCGAGUGUGCCACCAGCAGCAGGGAAUCUCACUCUGGGUCCCCUUUCAAAAUGCUGCAACAGCUGUCACCAAUUUAUAUAAAGAAAGCGUGGAUGCCCGGCAAAGAAGUUAUGACCUAGGAAUUCAGAUUGGCUAUCAGCGACGCAAUAAGGAUGUUCUGGCCUGGGUCAAAAAGCGCAGGAGAACCAUCCGUCGGGAGGAUUUGAUAAGUUUCCUUUGUGGCAAAGCUCCACCGCCAAGGACUUCCAGAGCUGCGCCCAAACUGACUGUCAUGUCCCCAAACCGGGCUUCCUCCACAGACACAGUCUCUUCUGUAGAGGCUGAUUUACAACCCUUCCGUGAGGCCAUAGCACUACACGGUCUCAGCGGGGCCAUGGCGAGCAUUAGCGUGCGCUCCAGCACCCCGGGGUCACCCACCCACGUCAGCAGCAGCUCUAACCCCGGCCGCCGGAGAAACGGACUGCACGAUGUGGACUUGAACACUUUCAUAUCGGAGGAGAUGGCGUUGCACCUGGACAACGGCGGCACCAGGAAACGCAGCUCCGCCCAGUGUGCCGACGUAAUCACAGACUCCCCCACCCACAAACGUAACCGAAUGCUCUGAGCCUCCCACCUGCCCGCACCAUUCCCCGCCCCAACCCUCCAAUAAACCCCACCACCACCCCGAGCUCCUACCGGCUCCCAGUUGCGUACUGUGCUGCUUGGACAAAAAAAAACAACAAAAAAAAAACAUGAAUAAAUAAAAAAAGCCACUUAAAUCCCUAAAACUUUUGGUCCCCCCCAACCCCCCUCCCCCUCCCCAAUCCCCCCCCCAACCCACCCCAUCAACACAAACACAAAAGGAAACGAGGGCCAUUGAACAUCACAUAUGGGUGAAUUCAAUAAUGAUUGCCAUACGUUGGACCACUGUAGUAGAUACCUCUCGCUGUAAACCAAUAUCUGUUACCCUCUCUCAGUGCUCAGUGGACACGUCUGUCAGUACUUGAUUAUUUGAGUGUAGAAGUUAAGUUUUUGAGUUCUUUAUGCUGCCGGUAUUCUUCAUAUAGGAAAUGUAUGGGCAGCUGAUGGGCCCCCAGCUGGCUUGGCAUUACCCGUAUUGGCUAUUUAUGCUUCAGCCGUGAAACCAGUUAACCACUGAAUGUUCAUUUCUUCAGUGCUUUGGUGUCCUUUUUGUACACCGUUUGGCUCCCACCAGAUAUGCUCACAACCUGCUUUUUUCCUGUUUCUAUAUAAUGGCAGUUCAUUUGUGAGGCCACCAGUACUAUUGAACUCAAUUGCUUUUUACAACUUGCUAGUCUUAUUUAAAGCCGCUGCUGAGUAGGGGUUGGAAAAAAAAUAAAUAAAUUGAGAUGGCACUAUACGGCAGCAGCUCUGCUGGUGAAAAGUUAUCAAUACAUUGACACCAAGUUUCUAAACAUCUUUUUUUUUUUUUUUUUUUAGACUGAGGACUCUGUAUAAUUGUAUUCACAUUACUGCUCUAGUGUAUAACAUGAUGGUGAGUUAAUGUAUGAUUCCCACCCCAUGUCUUUUGGGGUUGAAUUGUGGACCGUUGCAAGACUUGCUCAGCUUGUCUGGCACAACUCGUGUCCACCCGGGACUCCUCCUGAUGCUCAUCCUUGCCUGUUAGCAGCCGCCAAGGUUCCUACAUGAAGCACUGAAUAUGGGACACAGAGACCAACUUGAUUCGAGGUUAAGUUGUGCUCUAGUAUCACCAUAUUUUCUCUACGCUAAUGCUGUAUCACAGCACAAAAAACGAUGAAAUUCAAGUGCUCUCCAGCCAGUAACUAUAAAAGGCCUUUGGCGUAUAAUGUGAAUAAAUAUUUUUUUUACAUUGUCUUGAGUCUGGAAGAAAUGUGUAGUUAUUUGGUGUCAGUGUAUCAAUAAUAUUGCAAGCAGAAAUAGUGCUUUCUUUUUUGUUAUCCCACCCCUGCUGCUGAUUUUUUUUUUUUUUGUCUUUAUUUUGUUCUGUCUGGAACUUGAGGAAGUUGCAAUAAUGUUGUUGCACUAAAGUCAUCUACAGAUCCAUUUGGCUUUAUAUCUUUACCAUUUCAUGCCACUGGAUCAAAUUAAGACAAUGCCGUAGGAAGCUGUUCUGCGUGUCUAGAUCAGUACUUAGAGACGUCAUUGCUAAGGUGUGGCCAUGAUGGGACAAUAAAACAGCUCGUGGUUUUGGGGUGUUGUAUUAACAACCCUUUUCUUCUGAGCUGUUGAGCAAGCAGUGAGGUGGCUUACUGGGCCUUCCUAUCCCCAAGGAAAUCUCAUGCAUACAAAUCACGUUUAUGCACUUGAAGCAUCUCUUAAAACAAAAAGAUGACUAAGAGAAAUCCUUACAUAAACGUGGGCAUAAACUUGACUGAUGCAGAAACACAUGGGUAUUAGUAUUUUGGUGCACAAUGUAGAGGCAGACAGAGAGGUAACCAUGGAAUACAUUGUAGUGCAUUCAGUAACUGAACCAAGUGGUGAAAUGUUGUCAACAGGUACCCUCUAAAGCUGGCAUUAAACUUGGGCAUCUGUUCUUUUGUUCAGGGCAGAAAUAUACCAAUGCCAAAACACACAAGGAGUCCAGUUCUUGGAGAAACCUAGGUUCACCGUUAGCAUUACUAAGCACACUUUGUUUCAGCCUGUUGACUGUCAUAUAUAGGCGAUGGGGGGACACCCAGGGACAAUUAUGUAGAAAUGUCACUUUAUUCUCUUUUUUUUUUGCUUGCUUUUUUAUUUUAAUAAAUAAACAAGGAAUAUCACCAACUAAUCUUUAAAAAAAAAAGACGACAUUUAAAUGUAUCAAUCAUUUUCCAGUGUCAUUUAACAGGUUGUACUGCAACCAGAAAUAGAGGCUGGCUAACAACUGAUUGUAGAGACAACGACGAGAUCAGUCAAGUUAACAGCAGUUUGCCACAUUGUUCAUGUCUUUUUCAAAAGUUGAGAUGAGCAUUGUGUUGGAGAACUAAAUAUUGCGAAAUGUUGCCAUGUAAAAUGUUUCCCUUUUUAAAAGAAGCAGUAGUGUAUGGGCUUAAGUUAUUAAAGACUUUUCAAAUAUGCAAA